GUCCGCACGCGAAGAGGACACAUACAAACUAUAAACCGACACCCGGGGAUCACAGGAUCAUUAGUGCUGAGGGACUCCAGCUGUCCCCAUGCCUUCUUUCCCGGGCCUGUAGCGGCAGCUCCAGACUCCCAUCUGAGCUGCAGGGACAGAGGGAGAGGGAGCGGCACGGAGCUCCAGCCCUUGGAGGAAGAGGAGCGGGCACAGACCAGAGGGCGCAGGACUGUCAGGUUGGGCCUGAAGCAGGGGCGAGGCCAUGCAUUGCUCCACCCUUCUGGCCAUCCUGACAGGGGUGCUGCUGUACCUGAUCCUGGGCGCCCUGGUCUUCCGGAGCCUGGAGGCUCCCUGGGAAAAGAGCCAGCACCUCCAGCUGCACAGAACUCGCCUCGACUUCCUGGAGAACCAUUCCUGUGUGAGCCCCGACCACCUGCAUCUCUUCUUACAGGAGGUGGAAAAGGCUAUGGGAGCUGGUGUGAACCCUACCAGCAAUUCCUCUGACAUCAAUAGUAAAUGGGAGCUGGCCAGUGCAUUCUUCUUCUGUGGUACCAUUAUUACGACUAUUGGUUUUGGGAACAUUUCCCCAAAGACAGAUGGGGGCCAGCUGUUCUGCAUCUUCUAUGCCCUGGUGGGGAUCCCUAUGUUUGGGAUCCUGCUUGCGGGAGUGGGGGACCACCUGGGCACCGGGCUGAGGAAGGCUGUCUGCAAGUUGGAGACCCUCUUCCUGAAGAGGAGAGUCAGUCCCACUCUAGUCGGAGUCAUCUCAGCAGUGCUCUCCAUCCUGCUGGGCUGCCUGCUCUUUAUCGCCGUGCCAACGGUGGUGUUUAAAGAAAUGGAGAAGUGGACCCUGCUAGAAGCUACCUACUUUGUGGUCAUCACCCUCACGACUGUUGGCUUUGGAGACUACGUGGCAGGUGAUCAAGCAGAGGACGACGCGGUGUACAAGCCUUUGGUGUGGUUCUGGAUCCUGGUCGGCUUGGCUUAUUUCGCGUCCGUCCUCACUAUGAUCGGUAAAUGGCUACGGGUGCUGUCCAAAAGGACCCGCGCUGAGAUGGAGGGUCUCAGAGCCCAUGCCACCGACUGGACCCAAAACAUCCAGAACAUGUCAGUGGACUUCCGCAUCCCCAACCGCCUCGACCUCAACGAUCACUUCCACCGUCGCCGGCGGAAACGGCACCGGGGGCCUCGCAGUCGCCCCCACAGGCCGGGGCAGGGCACGGCGGAGGUCGGAGGGGCGGCGCUCGGGGAGAAUGGCCACCCUCCCAACGGCGUGUCGGAGUCCGGAUCCUCCUUCAAUUCGCACUACUCGGACGAGAGCGGGUCUGGCUCUGAGGCGUCCGACACGGAGAGGGCACGCAGUGGGUGGCCCAAGAAGAGCCCGGGAGGAGAAGAGGCCCCCGAGGGCCUCCCAGGCUCCAUCAACUGCCAACCUCUGGACUAUUUCGGGGAACAUUUGGCCUACAUCGACGAGUCCUCAGAUGCGCGGAGUGACAGGUUAAAAACGGACCUCCUGCUCGACCGCAAUCGUACCAAUUCCAUUCCUCCACGGAAGCCCAAGAGGAAGCGCUCCAAAAAACUUCCCCAGAAAAACUCCAGAACCCCCCUCUGUUUGGAUAUGGAGAGAAAUGAGCUGAAUGGGGACAUCCACCCGCCCUCUGACCCCCCACCACCCCCUCCUGAGACCCCAGAAGGGAACUAAUAUUGCCACCUCCACCUUUUAGUCUGAAGCCCAAAAGGCAUCAGCAGGCAUUGGUACCAGAUUCCAGAAGGGCAGUUAAGCCUUCUUUUGUGCUCAACCUUACGACAGACUCACAGACUUUGAGAAAGACUGGGUCAAAUCUGACAUCAGGAAAAGAUUUGUGACCCAAGUUUUUCAAUUUUCCACUUGAGCAAAAGUUGGAUUUCAAUUCCUCAGGGCCAACCUCAGACCUUCAGGGUUGGAGAUGUUCUGCGUGGUUCAUCUGCCUGCCUCCCUCUCCUCCAUGGUGAUGAAAUUUGACUUAGUUGUAAAUGAAGAAGUCUUGAACUGCUCUGGCCCUGCAGUGAAAACUGAGCCUGCAGGGUGGUGUAGCAAGCAAGUAGAACAGGUCUUUUCCUGUUCUGAUACCCCCAAGGUGUAUUUCGGCAGUACCUUGGAGCAAAGUGUCUCCCUAAGACCUGCUUUCCCCUCCAACUGACCCUGACUGCCUGCCAGUGUGAGAUAAUGGCGCCCCCUUCUGGACUUAAGGGUGUAAAUACACCACAGGAGCUCCAGACCUCAGGUUGCAAUAUCUCUAUGAAGGUUUUUUUUAAAUUAUGAAACGUUUUGUAUUUAGCCUGUUAAAUGGUAUAGAAAACAAUACUGAACUUGGAACAUAUACCAAGGGGGUAAAUGAAUGCAAGCUACAAACAUUAAUGCAAAGGUUUAAUUUUUCCGGUGUCUAAACAAGCAGUUAAGUUGCUAUGUUGCAGCUUUUAAAAAUGGGGUUUUGACUAAAGACUCAGGUUUUUUUUAUAUUUUAUUCUCGUUAACUUUCUGGCCAAGUGAAUCUAGAGUAAUAGCAAGGUCUUUUAGACAUUGUCUAUGGAUUAACGGCUACAAUAGUCAUGGCACUACCACUGCUAUUAUUCACCAAAUGUAAUGCAAGCUUAUGAUCAGCUCUGAAAUCCCCAUUGACAAACACUAGUUGUUUUGAAGUUGAUUUGUCAUGUAAUGUUUUCAGUUAUGAUAUUAUACAUGUAAAUCAUGUUUUUUCAGGUGAGUACAUCCAACAUCGUCUAGCCAACUCUAUUUUUGGCAUAAUAAUUAUAUUGAUUUCUUGAAGCACAUGAUGUGGUGUCAGUGCACAGGGAUUGCUGCCUUUCAGUGCCUUUUCACUGUCGACGCACUGGAAAAGCAAGAGGACUGAUAUUUAAAAACAUGCUCUGAAACAGGCCUUUGCUGGUUCCACUUCAGCGAUAAGACGUCCACUCCAGAGAGAACAAACUCCAUGUCUCAUUUCUCCUUUGUAUCGAGGGUGAAUAUACUUAAAAAGAAAAACAACUGUCCCUACACAAAGCCAAAAUGGAUUAUAAAUCUCAGAAACACUUAGGAAAUAUGAUCGUAAUAAGAAUUGUCGAGGUGAGACCCUGCUGGCUGGACCCACUCUCUAAACUUUAUAAACAAUUAUAUGGAACACCUGGCACAGGUCCCACUGGCACAGUCUUGAUUAGAGCGAUUGUCAUGCUUUUCUGCCCUUUAAAUUUACAUCUAGUUAACAUUGUUGGCAGGCACCUAGCAUUGCCACUAAAUACGAUUACCUUGUAAAACAGGUCAUUGUGCUUACUCCUGCAUCUUUAUGCAUACUUAUCCAAUUAUUUGGACAGUAAUUCCCCUAAUUAACACUGAAGACAAGAGAAAAUUGGUUUAGGGCACUGGCAUAAGUGGCUAUUUCCUUAUGUCAUGCUUCCAGUGAGCAAACAGAUUAGUGGAGGGCUAGUUCCCCUCCUCUGUACUUAAAUAGGUUGUGCCUCCAUCUUCUCAUUCAUGUUUUUUUAUUUUUUAUUAAACUGGAUGACUGAAGUGUGCCUCAUUGGACGACCAGGAAUAUGGUAUAUAUCUGUAUUGGAUGGUCCGCUUGACAAGGUUGUUUAGCCUAAAUAAGACGGACAGAAAGUGUUGUGUUAUCUGGUCGCACUAUACUUGUGGGCAUUCGAUAACUACGACAGGUUCAUGCUUUUUACUACUCGUGGCUUUCUUAGCGAGCACAACACUACACAAUCGCCAUUACCUUAUGUUAUGUGAUGCUAUGUUACAUCAUCCUUCCACAACCUCUACUGUCAAUCAGGGGCCCAACAAUAAUAUACUGUAUGUACAGUAGAUCAUUUAUAUGGAUUGGCCCAGAACAGAAAGUACAGGAAAAAGAAGGUUCAGUUGUCCCUGUUUGAAUGGUUCUUAAAUGUACAGUAUGUCUUAAACCUUCAUCGUUAUUAAGGUUGGCGAGAACUGUCUGCUCAGGUAACUCAGCUCAGGUAAUGAUAAGGCAAACUUAUUAUUACUUCAUUGAUAUCACUUUUAUCUAAUGGUACCAUGACUGACCCACAUGCUUAUUCUACUCUUGUUAUUAUAAGGGCAUGGCCAUUG